AUGCCAUUUCCGUUGAUUGUUCUUGCGCUUUUAUGCGAGAUUGUUAAUGGAGCCGAUGAGAAUAUAAAAGUUUGUUCUAUUUCUGUCCCUGUACCUGGGCAAAAUAAUGCUGUAGUGAGGCCUUCGGUGCCUGUCGAGUACUGCCAAGAUCGUGAUGCAGCAGCUUGCUUCGAAAUAUUCAAGCCGACGGACAACAAUAUAUUCGCGAAUAAUCGUAUGCCUAAUCAGAAUUAUCAGGUCCUAGACAAAUGUCAGCAGGAGCCCUAUAUAAUGUUAGCUCGGCAAAUGUGCCCAUGGAUGUGCGCGACUUGUUGCAUGACUAAGGAAUAUAAUUGUGAAAAUGCGACGACUUUAUUGCCUCCACCGACAACUUGCAGAGACGAAAGGCAGAACUGCGCUGCAAUUAGAGCCACAAAUAGCUGUGGCGGUGUGUUUCGAACAACAAUGAUGCAACAAUGCGCAAGAACUUGCGGUUAUUGUACGUAA